GUCGUAAUUGUCUUAAGAAAUGAAAGAGCAGAGCAUCAAGAUAGCUAUUAUUGUCUUGCCUCUGUAAAGGCAGUUAGACAGUUUGCAUCCUUAUUUCUAACCUUUUCAGUAAUUAUAUCACAAGAUGAUAAAGCCAAAGUUUCUCUUAGUAUUCCUGCAGUCAGCAGAAGUUUCCAGACCAUACAAAGCAUCAAUGAGCCAGUUAUCAUUCCUAACCAUGACUUUUCUGUUGGUUUACAACAGAAACUUGUUCCAUCUAUUUAUUUAAUCAUCGAUCCAAGUGACACAAAUAAUAUGCUUUGUAGCGGCUAA